CUACCUAAAGCAUUACUAUAAUUUAAUGAACUCAAUGUUUUCUUCCCUGUGUACCAAACAAAACAUAGGUUUCCAUGACAUUCUAACAGGCCUGGAAAUUCUAGACAAAUCUAAGCAGUUCCAAACAUUUAAACUAGCCAGUAACAAAAAUAUAUUCGAACCCUUCAGAACCCCAAAAUGGCAAACGAAGAAGGUAAAGAUGUGGCCCAGCUAAAGGCUACUCUUGCGAACUGCAAUUUGAAUCCUAAGGAUGGGGAUGAUUUUUCCGAGUUUGAGGCCACUCUUGCAAAGAUUGAAGAUAUAUUAAACAGCAAAGGUCCCAUUGAGGACGAUUCAGAGGCAACAAAAGGGGCAGAUGGAGGUGCCAAGGAGAAGAACUUUGACAACCUGGACGUGGACAAGGUGCGUCUCAAGGUGCGUCAAAAUCGCACGCUCAUCAACAAGAAAUCCAUGGAAGAGGAUAAUGCGAAGCAGGCCAAGACCAUGGACCAGCAGAGCUUCAUGGAGCAGGUGGAACGCGAUGCUAACGAUCGCGCCGAAGCGCGGGCUAAAGCCGAAUACGAGGCAGAAGUGCAGAGAAGCCAGGGAAACGAAGCAUUUCGCUCUGAAAAAUACGAGAAGGCAAUUCUGCAUUACGACAAGGCCAUAAUUAAAGUUAAGGAUAGCGCCAUAUCAUAUUGCAACCGAGCUUUGUGCUAUAUCAAACUCAAAAACUACAAGCGUGCCCUUCGCGACUGUGACUACGUGUUGGAGAAGCUGAACGAGAAGAAUCUGCGUGCCUUGCUGUACCGGGCGAAUGUCUAUAAGCGUUUGGGCCAGAGCGACAAGUUCGAGGAGAGCGUGGCCAAGGCACGUGAGCAUAAUCCCCACCAGCUGGCCUACAUCGACAAGUUCGUCAAGCAGUUGGAAGCGGAGGCUUAAGCCCUUAUUACUAGUUUAGUUUAUUUGUGCAUAUUGUACUCACUCAGCAUAAGCAUCACGCCCAGAAAAGAGACACACGAAUAAAGGAACGGCAGGUGAACACUGCCCAAAUCUGUGGAGCGUGAAAA